GUUUGUGGUCUGGUCGACUCCAACAGAUGCUCGCCUUUGAACAACAGCAACGUUGUUUAUGAACUGGGGAAGAUUUGAAGUCAGGCUCAGCCAGAGGGGGAGAGGAGACGAGGGGAGGGAGGAGAGAGGCGGGGAGGAGAGGAGAGGAGAGGAGAGGGGCGCCCAGAAAACGCCCUGCUGCUCAAUCCUCUCAAAAUUAAAAGUUUAUCGCGCCAUUGACGGUACGCUCGCAUUAAAGGAUGGGAAGUUUGAUUAUGCUCAGUUGUUUAAAGUAACCACUUCAUAGAUUGUUUUGAGGGGGAAAGUUUGGAAAACCUCAAUUGUUCCCAUUGGAUUCUUUUUUUUUCCGCUUUAUUCUGGACAAGCCCGGGGUACUUUUUGGAGGGCGGUGAGUCGGAGGCUGUCUAGGCCCGCUGCUCGACAACUUGAAGGAAGAUCUUGUAUCUUUAAUGUGAACCCGAAAAGUUGGGCAGAUCGCUUCGUUGCUCAGACUGGCGCCAGGACAAGGCAAAAAUGUCGCUAGGAGCGGAGAGAAGGAUGGAAAACCGGCUGAGACAACUGGAAGCCAUGCUCAAAGAGCCGCGGUCUGCGAUCAACUUGGAAAGUUUGCUGGAUUCCAUGAAUGCCCUGGUUUUAGAUUUGGACUUUCCGGCCUUGCGUAAAAAUAAGAAUAUCGAGACCUUCUUGAAUAGAUAUGAGAAGGUUAUGGGCCAAAUAAGGGAGCUCCAGAUGAAGCCAGAUGAUUUUGACCGAGUGAAGGUGAUCGGUAGAGGAGCAUUCGGAGAAGUCCAGCUGGUUAGGCAUAAGGCCUCUCAGAAGGUGUAUGCAAUGAAGGUGCUCAGCAAGUUUGAAAUGAUCAAACGUUCAGAUUCUGCCUUCUUUUGGGAGGAACGUGACAUCAUGGCGUUUGCUGACAGCCCAUGGGUCGUGCAGCUGUGCUGUGCGUUCCAGGAUGACCGUUCUCUCUACAUGGUAAUGGAAUAUAUGCCAGGAGGAGAUCUUGUCAAUCUCACCAGUACAUAUGACGUUCCAGAGAAGUGGGCAAAGUUUUACACUGCUGAGGUUGUGUUGGCUCUGGACGCCAUUCACUCCAUGGGCUUUAUUCACCGAGACGUCAAACCGGACAACAUGCUGCUGGACCGCUACGGACAUCUCAAACUUGCUGACUUUGGGACAUGCAUGAAAAUGGAUGGGACGGGGAUGGUUCAUUGCGACACUGCGGUCGGAACCCCCGAUUACAUCUCACCGGAGGUUCUCAAGUCUCAGGGAGGGGAUGGAUACUACGGACGCGAGUGUGACUGGUGGUCAGUGGGAGUAUUUAUCUACGAGAUGCUGGUUGGUGAUACACCGUUUUACGCUGAUUCUCUGGUGGGGACCUAUAGUAAGAUUAUGGACCAUAAGAACUCUCUUAACUUUCCUGGUGACGUUGAGAUCUCUCAAGAAGCUAAAAACAUAAUCUGUGCCUUCCUAACAGACAGGGAGGUUCGCCUGGGUCGAAGUGGCGUAGAAGAAAUUAAAAGACAUCCUUUCUUUAAAAACGACCAGUGGACCUUCAGCACCAUUAGAGAGACUGCAGCACCUGUGGUUCCAGAGCUGAGCAGUGACAUAGACACCAGUAAUUUCGAUGAGAUAGAGGAAGAUAAAGGAGAAUUAGAGACCUUUCCCACAUCCAAAGCCUUCAUUGGCAAUCAGCUGCCAUUUGUGGGGUUCACCUACUUUAAAGAAGACCAGUUGUUGAAUGCUGUUAACAGUUCAGCAAUGAAAAAAGAUCACCCAGCAUCCAAGACAGAGGACAAUUUAGCACUCCAGAAGAAACUUCAUUCUCUAGAAGAGCAGCUCAACAAUGAAAUGCAGGCCAAGGAUGAGCUGGAGCAAAAAUACAGAAGCAACUGUAGCCGCCUAGAGAAGAUCACCAAAGAGCUUGAUGAAGAAAUAAAUAGCAGAAAAGGGUUGGAGGCGACUCUGAGACAGUUGGAGAGAGAGAAAGCUCUCCUACAGCACAAGAGCGUAGAGAGUCAUCGCAGGGCAGAGAGUGAAGCCGACCGCAAACGCUGCCUGGAGAACGAAGUGAACAGUCUGAGGGAUCAGCUGGAUGAAAUGAAGAAGAAAAACCAGAACUCGCACAUCUCCAAUGAGAAGAACAUCCACCUGCAGAAACAGCUGGAUGAGGCAAAUGCGUUACUGCGGGCAGAAUCUGAUGCUGCUGCGCGACUGCGUAAAUCUCAAACAGAGAGCUCAAAACAGCUGCAGCAGCUGGAGGCUCACGUGAGAGAACUGCAGGACAAAUGCUGCAUGCUAGAGAACAGCAAACUCAUGCUGGAGAGGGAGAACAUCAGCCUGCAGGCCGCGCUGGACACAGAGAAACGAGAGCAAACCCAGGGCUCUGAGACUAUCUCUGAUCUACAGGUACGCAUAUCUGGUUUGGAGGAGGAAGUGAAACAGGUGAGACAGGCACUAUCUAAAGCUGAGACGGAGAAGAGGCAACUUCAGGAGAAGCUUACAGACCUGGAAAAGGAGAAGAGCAAUAACCAGAUUGACAUGACCUAUAAGCUGAAGAUGUUGCAGCAGGGUUUGGAGCAGGAGGAGGCGGCACACAAGGCCACAAAAGCUCGACUUGCUGACAAGAACAAAAUCAGCGAGUCCAUCGAAGGAGCGAAAUCUGGGGCUGUGAAGGAGCUGGAACAGAAGCUGCAGGAGGAGCGUUCCUCUAAACUGCGUGUGGAGAACAGGGUGUUAGAACUGGAGAAGAAGAACUCCAUGCUUGACUGCGACUAUAAACAGUCACUGCAGAAACUAGAGGAACUGCGACGACACAAGGAGAGACUCACAGAAGAGGUGAAGGAUCUGAGUCUGAAGAUCGAGCAAGAGGUUCAGAAACGCACUUUGACUCAGAAUGACCUGAAGAUUCUGAACCAGCAGCUCAGCACCCUGCGAACAUCAGAGAAACAGCUCAAACAGGAGAUAAACCACCUGUUGGAAAUCAAACGUAGCCUGGAAAAACAAAAUAUGGAACUGCGCAAGUAUGCAACACAUGCAUUUGAACUCACUGAAUAUUCAUUACCUUACUCACAAACACACAACUUAAGUUUGUGAUUGAGAACCUCUUCUGUUUUUACGCUGUACAAGACACAGGUGCGGGAGCUGAAGGAAGAGUGUGAGGAGAAAAAUAAACUCUAUAAAGACAUGCAACAGAACCUACAGGAGCUUCAGGAGGAAAGGGAUUCUCUUGCGGCCCAGUUGGAGAUCACACUAACGAAAGCUGACUCCGAGCAGCUGGCGCGCUCCAUUGCGGAGGAGCAGUAUUCCGACCUGGAGAAGGAGAAGAUCAUGAAGGAGCUGGAGAUCAAAGAGAUGAUGGCCAGACACAGACAGGAGCUUGCUGAAAAAGACACCACCAUCACCUCAUUAGAGGAAGCUAAUCGCACAUUGACGAAUGAUGUGGCAAACCUGGCCAAUGAGAAGGAAGAACUCAACAACAAGCUAAAGGAAACACAGGACUGUAAGUUACCCAGAUCUUACACUGAUAGGCUAAAUACGUCAACCAUUAUAUUAUAUUAUAUUAUAUUAUAUUAUAUUAUUUUACUCUAGGCGGUGAACAAGCUGGCAGAGAUCAUGAAUAGAAAGGAGGUCAGAGGUGGUGGAAGUCGCCGUGGAAAUGAUACAGACGUGAGGAGGAAGGAGAAAGAAAACAGGAAGUUGCAGCUGGAGCUGCGUUCCGAGAAGGAGAAGCUCAACAGCACUAUCAUCAAAUACCAGAGAGAAAUCAACGACAUGCAAGCGCAACUGGCAGACGAGUCUCAGGUGCGUAUCGAGCUACAGAUGGCUCUGGACAGUAAAGACAGUGACAUUGAGCAGCUGCGCAGCCUGUUGAACUCUCUUAACGUCCAGUCGCUCGACUCUGCCAGUAUGAGCAGUGGCCCAGACAUGGACACUGACGAGUCACUACCAGAGACAAGACUGGAGGGUUGGCUGUCUUUACCAGUGAGGAACAACAACAAACGCUUCGGGUGGGAAAGGAAGUAUGUUGUGGUGAGCAGCAAAAAGAUUCUUUUCUACAACAGUGAGCAGGACAAAGAGCAGUCCAAUCCUUACAUGGUUUUGGACAUAGAUAAACUUUUCCAUGUGCGUUCAGUAACCCAGACGGACGUCUAUCGCGCUGACGCCAAAGAGAUCCCCAGAAUAUUCCAGAUCUUGUACGCUAAUGAGGGUGAGAGCAAGAAAGAGCAAGAACUGGAACCUCUUCCUGGAGACAAGUCCAGCUACAUUUGCCAUAAGGGUCAUGAGUUCAUUCAUACCCUGUACCACUUCCCCACUAACUGUGAAGCCUGUACCAAACCCCUGUGGAACAUGUUCAAACCACCUCCAGCUCUCGAAUGCAGACGAUGCCACAUCAAGUGCCACAAAGACCACAUGGACAAGAAAGAGGAAGUCAUCGCUCCCUGCAGAGUGAACUACGAUGUGUCUACGGCUAAAAAUCUGCUGCUGUUAGCAUCUUCUCAGGAGGACCAGCAGAAAUGGGUUAGUCGGCUCAUGAAGAAGAUCCCUAAAAAACCUCCAGCACCAGAAGCCCCUCACCGCUCUUCUCCCAGAGUUCCUGUUAAAGUACAAAGCAGUCAAUCCAUGAGGAGACCCAGCCGACAAAUACCCUCCGGCAAACCCAGGUCUGUGCACAACCUAAAGGAACCAACAGCGUGUGCGGAGAAAUCUGGCUUCAUCUACCACAAGGGACACGAGUUUAUUCCUUUAUUCUACCACUUUCCUGCCAACUGUGAGGCCUGUACCAAACCCCUGUGGAACAUGUUCAAACCUCCUCUGGCUCUGGAAUGCCAGAGAUGCCAGAUCAAAUGCCAUAAAGAGCACAUGGACAAGAAAGAGGAAAGUCUCAGACCCUGUGCUCCAGACCCGUUCAACCCCCAGUUCAGCACGGGGUGAGAGGAGAACAUGGCCGACCUGGAAGUUGGAUGGAGGAUGUAUUGAUGUUUAGCUUUAGCAUGCUUCAAUAACAUCAUUCAAGAGCUUUCAAGGUUUAAAUCGCAGUGCUUGACUAGCAGAAUAACAUUUACGGUCUUUGCUAAUGGUGGCUAACCGGAUAUAAAGCUUAAACAGUGUUACACUGGGCUGCUUUUUGUAACUUGGUAUGCAAGAUGACAGCUUGGGCAUUAGCAAAGCACUUUUCUCUUUUGUAUCCAACUCAGGUUUUUAAUUGUGAUUAGUAACAGUGAAUUUAAAGGCUAAAUACUAAAAGUAUGCAUCAAACUUCAACCAUAGAGGUCUGUAUCGUCACCAAACUCAAGAUGCAUACAGAUGUACAGCCUUUAAAGCUUCAGCAGACAUUGAGCAGUGGCCAGUCUUAUUUUUAAGGUUUAGCUCAGAUAUAGUAAUUAUGUGCCAAGUUGUAGCUUCACCUUAGCGAAACUACCUCCAGACCUUACAGAGACAGUCUGUAGUGAGGUUGGUGAAGGCUUGGCUGAAUGCUCUCUCCUCCACCUGCAGGCCUCUGGAUUCUGAGCUUCAGGACUGGCACUGGGCUCUGGAUGAUGUGGAUGAUGUAGAUUAUGACCAUACGUUUCAUUUCUGAGGAGCAUGUGUAGGGUUCAAACAGGGUAACUACUUUCAAAGGGGCUCUGUUCCAAAACCUCCUAACCCACCUACUUUGGCAGCAUUUUGAUUAUUUGCUGUAAUGUAAUACACAAGAGGGGAAUCUUAACAGUCAGUAAUUCCAGUAAUUUGAUAUCAUAAAUGUUAUCGAAUGCUAAAUGUAAAUUAAAUUAAGAUAUAUUUGAUGGAAUCUGAGAGCUCUCUGACCUUCCC